AUGUUAAACCAGAAUUUUCGGGACGACACAGAUAACGUACUUUCUACUUUGAAUUUUCCAUCAAAAAAUUGUCCAAAGUCUUUUUCUUUUCCCGUUUUGACCAUUUCAUUCAGAGCUUCCGCGAAAUCUUCUUGGGUAAUGUGGACCACCUGCCCCAUUGGUUGCGUUCGUGUCGAACUUGAUAGCCGUGUCCACAUGGAUGAAGUUCACCACUCUACAGGAGCUCCACUUCUCCUUGAUUAUGGAGAAACUCAUUGCUCUCAAAAGCUAAAAACGGCACGAGAAAUAUUUGUUGGAUGGGACACAUGGAGGAACAAUGGGGAUCGAUACGUUCACUUAUCAUAG